UCUCUCCUCUCAGCUCUAGGCGAAGAUGGCUUUGCGCGUUGUCCUCUAGAAGCUCUUAUCUGGGCUGAGAGGAAGUACCUGGAGCAGAUCCUCAGUUACCGCCCUGACAUCCUGUGUCUUCAGGAAGUGGACCACUACUACGACACCUUCCAGCCCAUCCUGGCUGGAAGCACCCUCCUGCCCAAGCCCUGGUCCCCCUGCCUGGAUGUGGCCAGCAACAACAGCCCUGACAUCUGUGCUCUCUUCUACCGCCGCUCAUGCUUCAGCCUUCUCCACACCUCCCACCUGCAUCUCUCAUCCAUGAUGCUGCCUACCAAUCAGGUGGCCGUCGUGCAAACGCUGUGCUACCCUGCCGCCCCAGUGUUGCCGGGCGACAGGCCAGAGGCUGUGCAUGGCCAUGACCCACCUGAAGGCGUGACUCACCUGAGGAGCGGCUGGGAGAGGCUGAGGGGUGUCCGGGAGGGGCAGACCUGCUGCAGAGCCUGA